AGGAUGCGACGCGUCUUUCAGUCACAAGCGAUCUAGAUUUAUAAAUAAAGCGUAGAUUUAAGCUUUUUGUUAUUAUGUUUUACUUACUUACACUCCCUUUUCCUUGAUAAAAUUAUUUCAUUGUGUCCUUUUAUCACCAAGUUUUUAAAACGAGGUUUGUCCUACAUUCCUUUGUAUAAAUACUAGUUACAUUUAAGUAGAAAGUCAUUCGAAUUUGAACAGAGGUUCAUUUCUCUGCGCAGGAGACAACAUCUAGGUAUAUUACUUUCGCGCAAAAGUAUCCUUUUUUCUGCCGGUUUCUUCAUUCCUGUUAAGAAGGGCCAAUCUAUGACCACGACACACAGAAAUAAACUUCACUGUCGACAGAUCGCGCAGCCAUGGGUAACAUGGAUCUAAAUAAACGGGGAAUUGUUGGGAAAAUCGAAACAAUAGAAAAAUCCGAUAAAUAUUACGAAAUUAAAUAUGGCACUGGCGAACAAGCGAGACUGUACAUCCUGAACAGCCAUGUUUUCAGGUUUUAUAUGUCUCCAACUGGAAUUUUCCUGGACUAUCCGGUACCUAUGGAACCUACGGACACUGCCAAAAUAAACGUUAAAUCUGUCGAGGAGUACGAUAAAAAGUAUCACCUAGAUUCCAUUAUCGAUGACAAUGAGUCUAGUUUCGUAAUUCGUACAAACAAAAUAGCAAUAAUAUUUGAUAAGAUACAUGCAACAAUGAAAGUACACGACGAGAGAACCAACAAAUAUGUAAUGCAUGAGUCACAACCGCUAUCAUACGUCGACAACAAAGCCAAACAGACGCUACAUCAAAACGAACACGAGUACUUCUUCGGAGGGGGGAUGCAGAAUGGGAGAUUUUCCCAUAAAGGGGAAGUUAUCAAAAUUGUCAAUACUAAUAAUUGGGUGGACGGCGGCGUAUCCUCCCCAUGUCCAUUCUAUUGGUCUACGCAUGGGUAUGGAGUACUGAGAAACACGUGGCAGCCUGGCAUAUACGAUUUCGGAUCCGAAUCUACACAUUUUAUCACCACGAUUCAUAAGGGAUCAGAUUUCGACGCAUUUUACUUCAUAAAUUCUCAGCCCCGAGACAUUUUAAAAGAUUAUUAUGAACUGACUGGAAACCCUACUUUCAUGCCUGAGUAUGCUUUCUACCAAGCACAUUUAAACACAUUCAAUCGCGAUUACUGGGUUGAGGUCGAUGCGGACACUUUUUUGGCUAUUUUGUUUGAAGAUGGGAAGUACUAUAAGAAGUUUCAACCUGACCAAAUACAUGGUAAACCUAAUCCUAUUCUGGAAUCAUUAAAUGGUGAGAAAGACAACUAUCAAUUUUCAGCACGGGCUAUGGUAGACAGAUACCAAUUGCAUGAUAUGCCGAUAGGUUGGUUCAUUCCCAAUGACGGAUAUGGCUCAGGUUAUGGACAAACUGAUUCUUUAGCUGGAGACAUUGAAAAUCUUAAAAAGUUCGCUGAAUAUGCAAGAGAACAUGGUGUUCAUGUAGCAUUAUGGACUGAAUCUAAUCUAGAACCAAAAGAUCCAGAGCAUCCCAUAAAAGGAGAUAGAGAUUUACACAAAGAAGUGAGUAAGGCUGGUGUCGUAGCUCUAAAGUGCGAUGUUGCUUGGAUUGGAAAUGGAUAUUCCUUUGCUAUGAGUGCUGUGGAGCAUGCUGCUGAAAUAUUUGAGAAAGCAACAAAGCGCCACAGAAAGAUGAUCAUAAUGGUUGAUGGAUGGGCUGGUACUCAAAGACAUUCCGGUAUUUGGACUGGUGAUCAAUCAGGAGGCGAGUGGGAAUACAUUCGUUUCCAUAUCCCUACCUAUAUUGGUUCAGGCCUCUCUGGAAUCCCGAUCAUCGGAUCAGAUAUGGAUGGCAUUUAUAAAGGUGGUGUAAAGAAUAUCAAUGUAAGAGAUUUUCAAUGGAAAGCUUUUACUCCAUUACAACUAAACAUGGAUGGUUGGGGUUGGAAGCAGAAAACUCCUUUCAGUUUUGACAAUGAGGCUACAGCCAUCAAUAGGGCAUAUUUGAAGCUCAAAUCGAUGCUAAUGCCAUACAACUACACUAUUGGACACGAGGCAACCGAAGAUCUGCCGAUGAUAAGAGCAAUGUUUCUAGAGUUUGCUCACGAGAAACUAUCGUACUCAAUACACUCGCAAUACCAGUUUAUGUGGGGUCCAAACAUUUUAGUAGCACCCGUAUACAAUGAGGAAAGCCACAAAGGCGAAUUUGUUCGUCAUGGAAUAUAUUUACCGGAUCCGAAUCAAAUUUGGAUAGAUCUUUUUACAGGCAAAAAGUAUCAAGGCGGGAAAACCUUGAACUAUAUGAAGUGUCCCCUCUGGAAAAUCCCAGUCUUUGUUAGAGAUGGUUCUAUAAUUCCGAUGACAAAUGCCAACAAUCAUCCGGGAGAGAUCAAGCGGGAUAAUAGAAUCUUUAAUAUUUAUGCUAACAAGCAUUCAAGUUUCAAAGUUUUUGAAGAUGACGGUGAAUCUGCUGCUCAUUUACAUGGCCAUUUCGCUGAAACGGAAAUAAACGUAAUAGGUCCAGAUACAAAUCACCCAGGUAGUUUGCAUAUUAAUAUCGAGAAAACCAAAGGUUCCUAUGAACGAAUGGUGAAAGAGAGAACUACUUUAUUGAGAAUAAUGGCUUCGAAACCACCUAGCUCUCAAGUUAAAGUGGCGGUUAAUGGUGUACCUUUGCAAUUGUCAGAAGUUAAAACUUUAGACGACUUUGAUGAUCAUGUUAAUGUGUACUUUUUCAAUGAUAAGUAUGUUAUUAAUCCAUACCUGGAAGAAUUUGGACAUGAGAAAUUGAACCAAAAGUUCUUGAUGAUCAAAAUUGAGAAACUGGAUGUUACUGAAAGUCAUAUUCAAAUAAAAGUUGGAGACUUCAUUAAUAAAAGUGAAAUAUUGCAUGGGGAAAGUAAUUUUAAAGAAAGUCUGCAAGUGCCAUCGGAAUUCGCUGUAAAGGAUGAAGAUGUGCUGCCAACAUCUAUAAGUCCUAGCUGGAAGGCUGUGGACGAUGCGGCCUAUUAUGAAAUCGAAAGAGAUGGGGAUCUUUUCACGAAUAUAAUUGGAACUAAAUUCGUUUUUGGCUACUUAAAAUAUGACUCGACGCAUGCUUUUAGGAUUAGGUCUGUGAAUCGCCAUGGGCAUUCAAGCUGGAGUGAUUACAUUUAUACAACUACCAAAGGGGAUCCUUACCGAGAUACUGUAGAAGGAGUUAAAGUCUCUUGCAAUUUGCCAAGUCAACCUGGACAAGAAGUUGAAAACCUAACUGAUGAUGACUCUAGUAGUAUGUGGCAUACCAACUGGGAUAAUGCAGGUCAAGCAAAGCCUGAAAAAGGUAUCUAUAUAGAACUGUCGUUUGACUUAGGAGCAGUGUAUGCCAUAAAGAAGGUUGAAUAUGUACCACGCGAAGAUGCAGGCAAUGGAACCUUUUUACAGGUUAAAUACACAACAUCCACUGAUGGUGCUAUAUGGAAAGAAAUGUCCAAAGAUAUGAUAUUCCCGCAUGAUGCAAACAGUAAGGAGAUCGUGUUGAAUGGUUCGAGUUUUCGUUAUAUGAGGCUAAUUGUCAACAAAAGCGUGGGGAAUUUCGGCUCAGGCAUGCAUUUUAGGUUUUACAAAGACAUGUCAUAAGAAAUCUUUGUGAUACUACUGUACUUGUAUACUAAUUAUACACAAUCAGUACUUUAUGCAGUAUUAUGAAAAACUAUUAACAUUUAUUAAAUACAAAAAAAUAUUAUAUUAUUUUCAAGUUAUUUUUUAAAUAAUACGAUCGUAUUUGUAAGACAAAAAAUUUACUGGAUAAGUUUCACGUAAUGAUUUAUCUAUAAUUAGUUGUUAAUUAUUUGUUUAUUUCAAUAAAAUGACAUUUUAUA